ACAGCGAAACUGCAGGAGCUCGGUUCCGGCUCCGCCCCCGGAACCGAGGCCUUCAGGUCACCCAGCGUCCGCCCCAUGGGACGGACCAGACGUGAAGCGGAGGAGGUGGCGCCGGGGACCGAGCCGGGGAUCUUGGGGAGAGAGAGAGGAUGGCGUUGUCGAACCCUAACACCCCAUGCUCCUGCGACUGCUUUGUGUCGGUGCCCCCCGCCUCGGCCAUCCCCGCCGUGAUCUUUGCCAAGAACUCGGACAGACCCUGGGAUGAGGUGCAGGAGGUGGUGUUUGUCCCGGCAGGCACUCACACCCCUGGGAGCCGGCUCCAGUGCACCUACAUUGAGGUGGAGCAGGUGUCGAAGACCCAUGCUGUGAUCCUGAGCCGCCCUUCUUGGCUGUGGGGGGCCGAGAUGGGCGCCAAUGAGCACGGUGUCUGCAUCGGCAACGAGGCUGUGUGGACCAAGGAGCCAGUUGGGGAGGGGGAGGCGCUGCUGGGCAUGGACUUACUCAGGCUGGCUUUGGAACGGAGCAGCUCAGCCCAGGAGGCCCUGCACGUGAUCACAGGCUUGCUGGAGUGCUACGGGCAGGGGGGCAGCUGCCGGGAGGAUCCCACAUCCUUCUGCUACCACAACACCUUCCUGCUGGCUGACCGCACUGAGGCGUGGGUCCUGGAGACGGCCGGGAAGCUGUGGGCCGCACAGAGGAUCCAGGAGGGGUGCCGGAACCUCUCCAACCAGUUGAGCAUUGGCACUGACAUCUCAGCCGAGCACCCUGAGCUCCGGGCCUAUGCCCAGGCCCAGGGAUGGUGGGAUGGGCAGGGCCCCUUUGACUUCGCUCGGGUCUUCUCGCUGACCCAGCAGCCUGUGCGCAUGGAGGCCGCCAAGGCCCGCUUCAAGGCCGGGCGGGAGCUGCUGCAGCAACAGCAAGGGAGCAUCACGGCCAAGGGCAUGAUGGCCAUUCUCAGGGACAAGGAGAGUGGCAUCUGUAUGGAUUCUGGAGGCUUCCGCACCACAGCCAGCAUGGUGUCCAUCCUGCCCCGGGAUCCCACACAGCCCUGCAUCCACUUCCUCACUGCCACACCUGACCCCUCCAGGUCAGUGUUCAAACCCUUCAUCUUUGGGGUGGGGGCAGCCCAGGCCCCCCAGGUGCUGUCCCCUACUUUCGGAGCACAGGACCCUGCACGGACUCUGCCCCGGUUCCAGACUCAGGUGGAUCGCCGGCACGCCCUCUACCGCAGUCACCAGGUCGCCCUGGGGCUGAUGGAGAGUGAGCAGGACCGCGGGCCGCAGCUCCGGCAGAUGCAGCGAGAUCUGGAGCAGGAAGGCCUGGAGGCUGUGCGGGGGCUGCUGGCUGGAGAGAGGGUGCUGCCACCCCGGCAGCUGGGUGGCCUCUUCCAGGCCUUUGUGGAGAGGGAGAGCUGGGUGUAUGCCUGAGCACCGGAGGUGGGGUGGGGGGCAGCCCUGCCGCUGGUACUGUGGGGUCAGAGCACUCUCUCCUCACCCCUCAGCCUUGUCCUGAGCAGCCAGAUCAGCCUUUGCUUUAAUAAAUGUGUUUUGUUUUCUUGUUCUAUGAA